CAGUUACAUUAACGUCCAUAACGCUGUUACAAUUGCUUAUUUACAAAAUUUUACUAACAGUUUUAUUUGACUCCGUUAAACAUUUUGACUAAAACUUUUUUUUUUGAAAAAAUAGUUUUGUAUGAUAUUUCUGAAAGCGAUAUUUAAUAGAUUGUUGUUUAAAGUUGUAGUUUUAAAAAGAUUGACUCAAACCAAUAAAACGUUCGUGUAGAAGUGAGAAAGUAAAAGAAUGUUUGAAAAAGCAAUUUAUGAUCCAAGAAUAUGAUAAUCCAUUUUCUGACCUUAUCUGGCAAAUAUCCAUUUCUUGGAAAAGAACAGAGAACUGUAAUUGAACGAUAAUUUCAAACAUUAAAAAACAUCUCCAUUAAAGAUUUAAAAAUUGCUUCCAAAUUUUCAUUUUCUUGUUCUUCUAACUCAUAAAUUCUCAAGUUAUUUUGGCGGCCUUUAUUAUCUAGCUAAGUCAAUUUAUCUUAAGAACGUUUUUAUUUUCUAAUUUUAUGCUAUAAUUGUUGUGUUAUUUUAUUUGUUCAAUUGAUGAUUUAUUUCUGAUAAAUUAUUUCUGUUUUUUUAGAAUCAGAAGUUAUUUUCGUCAAUAAACUCUCAUUUUUCUCGCAGAAAAGCUCAUAUUUUUUAGUUUACACAUCUUCAAGUUGAGAAAAAAUAUAAUAAAGUCGUUGUUGCUCAGGACCUUUUGAACGAACGAACUUGCAAUUAAUGCUGAGAUGGCUUUAAACUUUUUAAGUUUCCUGAUCAAUUUCUGCAAGCAUCGAAAAAAAUUUAUUAUGCAAAAACUUUAUGAAUAAAAAGUGUUCAAAUUUUAUCAAAGGAAGCGAGAAGAAAGUUGUUAUUGCUACAAACAAGUAUAUUAAACUUAACAUCAAGCUAAAGAAAUUGACUAAUCAAAAUAUUUAACGACUUAAUUUUUUAUAAACUAUGAAAUAUAUAUCGAUUUGGAUCUUAUAUAUUUGCUUUAUGAGUAAAUCGGUUAUACGUGCUUCAGUUAAUCAAUCAGAAAUAGCUAAUACAAAUAAUCGCCUCGAUUUGAAAAUGUCGUCUUCAAUUGGUCGUGUAAAGCGAAAUCUUGAAUCGAUAAACCUUUUCGAUCAGCAAGAAAAAAGACAAACAGUAAUGCUUAAAUUUUGUUCAAACUCUAACUUUUCAAAUAAAACUAUGGAUGAACACAUGAUUUACACUGACAAAGAAAGUCUUCUUUACUGCUAUAUACCUAAAGCUGCUUGUACAACUUGGAAGCGAAUGUUUCAGAUAUUUGACGGAAAAAUGGAUUUAAAUCAAGUGAUGGCUGUUGAAAAAAAUGCAGUCCAUAAGCUGCAUUAUAACAAUUUUACAACUCUUGACGCUGCACAAAAAGUUUUCCGUGAGAAAAAUUAUUAUUCAUUUUUAGUAAGUCGCCAUCCAUUUGAAAGAUUGUUGUCAGCGUAUAGAAAUAAAUUUUUGGACCCUUACACAACGCAUUAUCAAAAAAAGUAUGGUGCAGAAAUCCUUCGUUUAUAUCGGAACGAUCUUACAGAAGAACAGUAUUUAAAAGGAGAAGGGGUUACAUUUCGAGAAUUUAUCAAGUAUGUUAUAUCAGGAAAACCUUUUGAUAAACAUUGGCGUCCUAUGACGCAACUAUGCUCUCCGUGUCGUUUUAAGUACAGAUACUUGGGUAAAAUGGAAACAUUAUUUGAAGACGCCACCGCAAUACUCAAAAACGCUGGCAUAUCUCAAAAGUUUUUGUUCCUCUCCAAUUCAAGAGAUCGUUAUAAGCCAAUUUCAACAAUUGACAUGAAAAGUCAAUAUAUGAGUUUGAAAGCUUCAGAAAUUAGAAAGCUAUACUACAUGUAUAAAGAUGAUUUUCUCGCUUUUGGCUAUACUGUUCCAUAUUACAUUGAAGAGCUUCUAGCAACCAUCGACAAUAUUUAAAUAUAAAUGAUAUAAUGUUUUAUCAACAAAAUAGUUGUAUUACUAGUUGUUUUUCAUUUCUAGCAUUUUAUAUUGUUUUAAA